UUAUAAAUAACCCGAGUAGAGAAGCAAGGUAUAUAAAAAUUAAGAUGGAUGCCCUCUCUUCUUCCUUCCUUCCCAAAUAUUCUCAAUCCAACACAUCCUUUGCUGCGACUCCGAAGAUUAGCCGUCGAACAAAUAUUAUUCGCAGUCACUCCUUCACGAUAUUCAACGACCAUUUAUCGAAACUUAUUUCGAAAACGGCCGAAAAAAUCAAAUUCAAGUUGAUCAAUAAGACCAAACCGAAUACCGUUCCGUUUCUGACGACGUUGUUCAAGUCCAUAGAUGAUUUUACAUGCAACUCUCUCGACUCACUAUCGCCCCCCCUUCCUCCGUCUAUCGACCCGCACCAUGUGCUCUCGGGCAACUACGCGCCGGUCGACCACGAGCUUCCUCCAACGGCAUGCGAGUUGGUGGAGGGCUACUCGAAUAUUCCGAGAUGUUUGAAUGGUGUGUAUUUACGAAACGGCCCUAAUCCGCAGUUCUUGCCGCGGGGCCCGCACCACCUAUUGGACGGCGACGGGAUGAUUCAGAUGGUUAGAAUAUCCGACGGCGGAGCCACGUUUUGCCGGCGUUAUAUCAAGACUUACAAAUACUUGACGGAGCGGGAAUUGGGGUACGCCGUUAUCCCGAGCGUUUUGUCGUCGUUCAAUGGCGGCAUGGCUUCCAUGGCGCGUGUGUUUGUUGCUGCCGCACGUGUGCUCGCCGGAGAGUUCAAGCCGGCGGCGAACGGGUUCGGCACGGCGAACCUCAGCUUGGCACUCAUCGCCGGGAAGCUCUACGCUCUCACGGAAUCGGAUCUUCCGUACGAGAUACAGGUGACGCCCGACGGAGAUAUAGCCACGGUCGGCCGCCGUGAUUUCGGCGGCGGCGGCGGUUUCUUCAACAUGACGGCCCACCCGAAAGUGGAUCCAGUCACCGGGGAAACCUUUGCAUUCCGAUACUCCGGAGUUGCUCCGUUUUUAACGUAUUUCAGGAUCGGUUCCGAUGGAAGAAAGCAGGCUAACGUGGCUAUCCACGCCGUUAAGACGGCGACGGUGUUCCACGAUUUCGCCGUGACGGAGAACUACGCGGUGUUCAACGAGGGGCAGAUGGUGAUAACCCCGGCGGAGAUACUGAGGGGGCGGCGGCCGGUGAGGGUGGACGGAGGGAAGAUUCCGAGGAUUGGAGUGAUCGAGAAGUACGCUGAGGAUGACAGUGGAAUGGUGUGGGUGGAUGCUCCCGGGGUGAACAUAUCGCACGCGGUGAACGCGUGGGAAGAAGACGGCGGCGAUACGGUGGUGAUGGUGGCGGCGAAUAAUGAGAGAAUAGAAAUGGUUUUUGAGAGCUUAGAUUUAGUGGAGACGAGAAUGGAGGAAAUCAGAGUAUGUUUGAAGACGAAGAAAGUACAGAGGCGUUUGUUGUCCGAUCAAUUUCUUGAUCUCGCCGCCAUUAAUCCGGCUUACCUCGGAAAAAAGAACAGGUACGUCUACUCCCCGGUAGUAGAGAUGCCGAUGAAGAUAGUAGGGCUCGUGAAACUGGAUGUAUCAUUAUCUUCAGAUGACUUAUUCGCAACACAUUCGGGAGAGGCUGACUUAGCUAUCGCGAGGGGCGAGAAGGAGCUAAGGCCGCACGGUUCUUUGUUAACUGAACAAGUCCGUGACAAGUGGUAUCAGAGCCCGGCUAAGGGCUUUGUGUUGAUCGAAUCCUCAACGAUGGCGAAUGUUGAAGAUAUUUCGUACGUAACCGAGGGACGUGGCAGGGAGGCCCAAGUAAACAACAAGAAGAAGAGGGACCACAGCAAGGCUCGUGGGGAGAGUACCGUUAAUGAGGUUGUGCUAAUGGAUCAUGGCGAAAGACUCGAGAGGCUCGAGAAUAACGUCGCCAUAGCGGAGCUUAGUGAACGAUUCGAGAAGCUUGAGCACGAUACGGAAGUGUUGGAGAAUCACGUCGCCGAGCAACUCGAUUUGUCUAGAGACAAUGAGGCGUUGCGGGAGGAACGGUUGGAUCGAUUGGAGGCCAUCAUCCAAUCCCUCCAAGAGAGCAUCGAGGGGAUGCGCGACGACUUGGCCUUGUGCAAAAAGGCCGCCGCUAACGGGAGCACUGGUGUUGCUUCGAGUCCAAGGGUGAACUGCCCGAAGCCAACGGGAUUCAACGGCGUAAGGGACGCCAAGGAAGUCGAGAACUUCCUAUGGAGGAUGGAGCAAUAUUUCGAGGGUAUCGGUCUAGUCGACGAGACGACUAAGGUAAGAACUGCUUCCCUUUAUCUUUCCGAUACAGCUAUGUUAUGGUGGCGUAGAAAGCACGCCGAUAUCGAGAAAGGCGUUUGCCGAAUCGAUACUUGGGAAGAGUUCAAGAGGGAACUCAAGCGACACUUCUACCCGGAGAACGUCGUCUAUGAGGCUCGAAGGAAGUUGAGGGAACUCAAGCAACGAAGUUCAAUCCGCGAAUACGUGAAGGAGUUCACCACCCUCACCCUUCAAAUUCCCAACCUUUCCGAGGAGGAUCUCCUUUUCCACUUCACCGAUGGGUUACAAGGCUGGGCCAAGCAAGAACUCCACCGACGAGACAUCAAAUCCGUCGAUGAAGCUAUUGCCGCCGCCGAGUCUUUAACCGAAUAUCAACCGAGAGAGCCGUUGCGAAAAGAGAAGUGGAACCCGACUAAAGGUGGAGAAGAGAGACGGGACUAUCGAGACAACCGAGACCCAAGGCGAGCGUCAACCUCGAGGGGAGGAGACAAGCCAUCCUCACGCCAUCAACUUGAAGAAAAGAAGAGGUCGUUUGUGCCUAAGGGAGGAUGCUUCGUGUGCAAGGGGCCGCACGCGAUGAGUCAAUGUCCCAAGAUGGGGUCAUUGUCGGCACUCUUACAACAAGAGGCCGAGCAAGGCACAAACGAGGGGCUAGCCAACAUGGGAUCGCUCCAACUUCUGAACGCCUUAAAGGCUAAUCCGAUGCCGGCAACAUCAAGCAAGAGGCUGAUGUACGUGGAGGCCCGCAUCAACCAUACCCCAGCAAAGGUGAUGGUAGACACGGGAGCAACCCACAACUUUAUCACCGAGGACGAGGCCAAGAGGGUUGGCCUAUGGUGGACCAGACGAGGCUCAAGGCCGUUAACGCUAAGGCACAACCGCUCAACGGUGUAG